AUGGCGACUGCUUCAGUGGCAUUCAAAUCUAGGGAGGACCAUAGAAAGCAGCUGGAAUUGGAAGAAGCACGUAAAGCAGGUCUUGCUCCAGCUGAGGUUGAUGAGGAUGGGAAAGAAAUUAACCCUCAUAUUCCUCAGUAUAUGUCAUCUGCACCUUGGUAUCUUAAUGCAGAGAGACCGAGUUUAAAACAUCAAAGGAAAUGGAAGUCAGAUCCAAAUUAUACCAAAUCAUGGUAUGACAGAGGUGCAAAAAUUUAUCAGGCUGAAAAGUUUAGGAAGGGUGCUUGUGAAAACUGUGGAGCCAUGACACAUGACUCAAAGUCAUGCAUGGACAGGCCACGGAAAGUGGGAGCAAAGUGGACAGACAAAAACAUUGCGCCAGACGAGAAAAUAGAGACCUUUGAGUUGGAUUAUGAUGGCAAACGGGACCGUUGGAAUGGCUAUGAUGCAGCUAGCUAUGCCUAUGUCAUUGAGAGAUAUGAAGCGAGGGAUGAAGCUAGAAAGAAAUACUUGAAGGAGCAACAACUUAAGAAAUUAGAAGAGAAAAAUGGUAACCAAAAUGGAGAGGAUGAGGUUAGUGAUGAUGAAGACAAUGAAGAUGCUCUGAAGGUAGAUGAAGCCAAGGUUGAUGAGAGCAAACAGAUGGACUUUGCAAAGGUUGAGAAGCGUGUGCGAACAACAGGUGGUGGGAGUACAGGAACUGUCAGGAACCUGCGUAUUCGGGAGGACACCGCAAAAUACCUUCUUAAUCUUGAUGUAAACUCUGCCCAUUAUGAUCCCAAAACCCGUUCCAUGCGAGAGGAUCCUCUUCCAGAUAUGGAUCCAAACGAGAAAUUUUAUGUUGGAGAUAAUCAAAACAGAAUUAGUGGUCAAGCUUUGGAGUUCAAGCAGCUCAACAUCCAUGCUUGGGAAGCAUUUGAGAAGGGGCACGAUGUUCACAUGCAAGCUGCUCCGUCCCAAGCUGAAUUGCUUUACAAGAAUUAUAAGGUCAAUAAGGAGAAAUUGAAAUCUCAAGUGAAGGAGACCAUUAUGGAGAAAUAUGGGAAUGCAGCUUCUGAGGAACAACUUCCAAGAGAGCUUUUACUUGGACAAAGUGAGAGAGAAGUGGAAUAUGAUCGCGCCGGUAGGAUUAUUAAAGGCCAGGAGCAAGCCCUUCCCAAAAGCAAGUAUGAAGAAGAUGUUUACAUCAACAACCAUACAAGCGUCUGGGGUUCAUGGUGGAAGGAUCAUCAGUGGGGUUACAAGUGUUGUAAACAGUUUAUUCGAAACAGCUAUUGUACUGGUGCUGCUGGUAUUGAAGCAGCUGAAGCUGCAGCAGACCUAAUGAAGGCUAAUAUUGCUCGUAAAGAGGCUACAGAAGAGAUGCCUGCACCAACUGAGGAGAAGAAUCUUGCCACUUGGGGAACUGAGAUUCCUGAUGAUCUUGUUCUGGACCAGAAAUUACUAGGUGAAGCACUAAAGAAGGAGGAUGCAAGAAAGAGAGAAGAGAAAGAUGAAAGAAAGCGGAAAUACAAUGUGAAAUGGAAUGACGAGGUUACUGCGGAGGACAUGGAGGCAUACAGGAUGAAGAGAACCCAUCAUGAUGAUCCAAUGAAAGACUUUCUUCACUAAAUUUAGACAAAUGAAUAAUAUUGCCAAUUAAAUCCUUUGUGGACCUGCAGAACUUCUUUUGCUGUUUAUUUGUACAGGAAGCUGGAUGGUUGUUCCCUGGUUGCGUGUGAUUGUUUGGCUUCAAUUCUCUACCAUACUUUCUUAUGCAUGUAAAACAUCUUAUAUUUUCUUUAAUUGUUCCUUUUUCCAUUUUA